ACUCAGUAUUAGCCAAUCACAAACUGAGGGAGGGAUCUGCUCCGCCCACUGGCUGUACCUCCGCUUUGAGCUAAGGUCACAGCUGACAUUCGGUUGCUAAUCUGCCAUCAGCUAAAGGAAGCGGAGGAAAUCCAUUUAGGAAGGUCCACGAAGGAACCAGAGAAUAUAAUCAACAUGUCUCUGUCUAACAAACUCACCCUGGACAAGGUGGACGUGAACGGGAAGCGGGUCGUUAUGAGAGUCGACUUCAAUGUUCCCAUGAAGGACAAACACAUCACCAACAACCAGAGGAUCAAGGCAGCCGUUCCCAGCAUCCAGUACUGUCUGGACCACGGGGCCAAGUCUGUUGUUCUGAUGAGCCAUCUGGGCCGUCCUGAUGGCAACUUUAUGCCUGAGAAAUACUCCCUGGAGCCUGUUGUUGCUGAGCUCAAGACCCUUCUGGGGAGAGACGUCACUUUCCUGAAGGACUGUGUGGGUCCAGAGGUGGAAGCUGCCUGUGCUAACCCCGCCGCUGGAACAGUCAUCCUGCUGGAGAACCUCCGCUUCCACGUAGCUGAGGAGGGGAAAGGCAAAGACCCCUCUGGAAACAAGAUCAAGGCGUCCCAGGAGCAGACGGACUCCUUCAGGGCGUCUCUGUCCAAACUGGGAGAUGUUUACAUCAAUGACGCCUUUGGGACGGCUCACAGAGCUCACAGCUCCAUGGUGGGGGUGAAUCUGCCCCAGAAGGCUGCGGGUUUCCUCAUGAAGAAGGAACUCGACUACUUUGCCAUGGCUCUGGAGAAACCUCAGAGGCCCUUCCUGGCCAUCCUGGGAGGAGCAAAGGUGAAGGAUAAGAUCCAGCUGAUCAACAACAUGUUGGACAAAGUGGACGAGAUGAUCAUCGGCGGCGGGAUGGCAUUCACCUUCCUGAAAGUCCUCAACAACAUGGAGAUCGGUACGUCUCUGUUUGACGAAGAAGGUGCCACCAUCGUUAAAGACCUGAUGGCCAAAGCAGAGAAGAAUGGCGUCAAGAUCACACUGCCGGUUGACUUCGUCACUGCAGACAAGUUUGAUGAGAACGCCGCUACAGGCACCGCGACCGUGGCUGGUGGGAUUCCAGCUGGCUGGAUGGGUCUGGACUGUGGUCCAGAGAGCUCGAAGGCCUACUCUGAGGCGGUGGGCAGGGCCAAGCAGAUCGUCUGGAACGGGCCAGUUGGUGUGUUUGAGUGGGACAACUUUGCCAAAGGAACAAAGAACCUGAUGGACAAGGUGGUGGAGGUGACCAAGUCGGGCUGCAUCACAAUCAUCGGUGGGGGUGACACGGCAACCUGCUGUGCAAAGUGGAACACGGAAGAUAAAGUCAGCCAUGUGAGCACUGGAGGCGGAGCCAGUCUGGAGUUGCUGGAGGGUAAAGUCCUACCUGGUGUCGAAGCCCUCAGCAGCGUCUAAACCACAUCAGCUGGAUUGGGUGUGUGUGUAAGAGAGAGAGAAGUGGGUUGAUACUUUACUCCUGAAACCACCCAUAACAUAAAUGCACACCACGUUGUUUUUGCCCUCAGCUGUGACUCGCAGGAGAAUCUCCGCUCCUCAGACCUGCUGUUGUCUGCCUUACGUCAACAUGCUGCUUCCAGACAAACUACUGACCAUGGAGCUUUUAUCUCACACACACAUUUCCUUUUUCGUUUUCAAGACUAAAAGACCAAACUUGUUAAGAUGGAAGGUAAAACUAAAGGCUGAAACAGUAAAACAGCAAGUUUAAGAACUCUGCUUCCUUUACAACUCAGUCAUCUGUGUUUACCCAUGAGUGUGUGUGUGUGUGUGUUUCAGCUGUGCUACCCCAGGAUGGAUGUUGCACCACCAGAGUGUAUACUGUAUAUGUAGAGCAUAUAUGUAGAAAGUGUUGAUGUGUUUGUUGAUGUUUUGUCUGGUGCUGACAUUUGCUUGGUCGCCUGGCUGAUUAUAAAAUAAUUAAAUGCUGUCCCCAAA